AUGGCUCCGACGACGGCGACUGUGGAGAGGCAGGUGGAAAGUCCUGGCGCCGCCGUCAGGAUCUCUCGUCGCUCUCACCAGAAGUCUAGGAACGGAUGCGUAGAAUGCAAGAGGCGCCACAUCCGCUGCGAUGAACAGCGUCCCGUCUGCUCGCAUUGUUCCACCGCCCAGCGUGAGUGCGCAUUCCCGCCACCCAAGGAGCCGUCGCGGAGGAGGACGAGGACGAAGCCCAUCGUCCCGGUCCAGACGCAGGGCCUGGUCCAGACGCAGGGCCCGGUCCAGACGCAGAGCCCGGCCCAGACGCAGAGCCCGGCCCAGACGCAAAGCUCUCCAAAUGACUUUGUGGAUGGCAAUGGUUUUAACAGCCCCCAGAGCCAGAGCCAGAGCCAGCCGUCGGCCGAGAAUGAGCUGCAUCGGCGACCGCUCAACGUCGCCCCCGUCGCCGCGCCGCCUUUACUACCUUCGUUUGACGAAGCAUUCUCGGCUCGGCCGGCGCCUGAGUUCGGGGGUGGAACCGAUUCCAGUCGGCCCUCUCUAUUCACCGCUCAGCAUCUUAUGCUCUUGCAUCACGCCGAGAAUGACAUGAGUGACAACAUGAUGGCGUCCGGCCAGACAAAGCGAGUCGUCGACAUCGCCGUCCGCCACGCCGUCGACGCUCCCUAUCUCAUCGACCAGCUGCUCGCCAUAUCGGCCCUUCAUUUUGCCAUCACGGCACCCUCAUCCCAAUCAUCGUCGCUCCGACGCCAAGCGACGGAACUGCAGACCAGAGCCGUCGCCUGCUUCACGCGCGAGACGGCUUCCUUAUCCCCCGACGACACAACCAGCGCCAUCCCUCGCUUCCUCUUCGCGUCCACUCUCAGCUUGCACGUCCUCGCCGAGACUCUCGAUUCCGUGAGGCAUCUUCACCGCUCGCACUUUUACGUUUUCAUCGACAGCUUCGUCGAGUGUCUACGUCUGCACCACGGCAUCCGCGCUGUCCUUCGGCCCACCUGGAACGAUAUCCUCAACUCCGAGUUGGAGCCCCUGCUCUCCGUUACCCGGGAUGCGAAUGAGCGCCUCAUCGCCAUGAAGUCCAACCCUAACACGCCCGGAAGCAGCCCGCCCCACGAGUUCACCCACCUGUUGACCCUUCUGGACAAAGCCGACCUCGGACCCGCCACCGUCCACGCUUGUCGCGAGGCCGUCGAUCGCCUCCAGUGGGCCUUUGACCUCCACGCUUCCAUAAACGACCCGAACGGCGGGCCGCACGCCGCCUCGGCCUUUUCCGUCACCGUCGGAGCCGACUACAUCGAUGUCCUGCGGCGGCAUCAGCCAGAGGCCCUCGUCAUCCUGGCCCACUACGGUGUUCUCUUGCACCGCUGCCGCCGAUUUUGGGUUUUUGGUGACGCCGGGGCCUGCAUGAUACGGGCGAUAGCUCAGCAUCUGGGCUCCUAUUGGCGUGACUCGAUAGCCUGGCCGCUUCGAGUGCUCCGAGACGAAACCGGAUGA